CAAUUCCUGCCUCUUCCGCCGGUUACGGCGAGCGUUCCUCUGUCCGCUGGAGUCUGAGCUGGCGUCCGGCUCCGGUUGCUUGGUGACAUGUUGCAAAAGCCAAGGAGUCGGGGUCGCUUUAGUUCCCCGGCGGAGAAAGACAGGGAUUCGGGCCGCGGCGGAGACGUCCGGGCCCAGAGAGGCGGCGUCCCGGAGGAGACCCCGAGCACUUCCCGCGGCCCGGCGGGCUCUCAAGAGACCCAAGGCACUUCCUCGCAGGGCGCUCGCCGGUCCCAGGCCGCCCCCACUGUGGGGCCUCGGACCCAGAAGCAGCUGGAGCUGAAGGUGGCGGAGCUGGUGCAGUUCUUGCUGAUUAAGGACCAGAAGAAGAUUCCUAUCAAGCGGACCGACAUACUGAAGCAUGUCAUCGGGGACUACAAGGACAUCUUCCCGGACCUCCUCAAACUGGCUGCGGAGCGCCUCCAGUACGUCUUCGGGUACAAGCUAGUGGAACUUGAGCCCAAGAGUAACACCUACAUCCUGAUCAACACCCUGGAACCAGUGGAGGAGGAUGCCGAGGUGAGAGGCGAUCAGGGCACUCCCACUACGGGCCUACUGAUGAUUGUUUUAGGGCUCAUCUUUAUGAAGGGCAACACAAUCAAGGAGACCGAGGUCUGGGACUUUCUGCGUCGGUUGGGGGUGUACCCCACUAAGAAGCAUUUAAUCUUUGGGGAUCCAAAGAAACUCAUUACCGAGGACUUUGUGCGACAACGUUACUUGGAGUACCGGCGCAUACCCCACACGGAUCCCGUGGACUACGAAUUCCAGUGGGGCCCGCGAACCAACCUGGAAACCAGCAAGAUGAAAGUUCUUAAGUUUGUGGCCAAAGUUCAUAAUCAAGACCCCAAGGACUGGCCAGCGCAGUACUGUGAGGCUUUGGCAGAUGAGGAGAAUAGAGCUAGACCUGAGCCUAGUGGUCCAACGCCAUCCUCUUGAAAUCAGGGAUGGAUUCAGAGAGACUCCCAGGACAAGGGUCUGUGACCCAAAGGCACAAUACUGAAAGAAUAAGGGAAGGGGGUUUGGAAGGAGGAUGUUUCUGCAACGCUUGAAUGUAUGUAGCUUUAGGAUGUGUUGCAAAGGUUUGUUCCUUUAGUGUUAGUACAGUUCCCAAUUUUCAUUUAAAACACAGAAUCAUUUUUGUUUUAAUGUCAUUUUUUUGGUGUGAAAAGUUUGCUAACUUUGUAAAACUUUUGGGAAACUGUACUGUGUUCUAAAACAGAUAUUUAAGAAGAACACAAGUAAAUUGUUUUGAUCCCCCCCCCCCCAAGGAGUUAUUGUCUGGUUUCUGAACUACCCUAGUUUGUAAGGAAAAAUAAAAGCCUUUAUAAAAUUACAAAGAUGUAAUUGCCUAUAUCCUUAUUACUUUAACCCAAGUGUUUUAUAUUUAUGUUUUUCAUAUAUAUAUAUAUAUAUAUAUAUAUAUAUAUAUAUAUAUAUAUAUGCAUUAUGCAUGGUUCCAAGCAAUGUACAUAAUGUAUUUUCUGUGAAUAACAAUUUUUUUAUAUUCUUAAUUAUUACUUAACUCUGUUGCUGACCUUGAUUUCAUUGUUUUCUCUUUUUUUUUUGCUACCAUCAUUGUUUUAAUAAAUAUUGUGAUUUUGAGCAGUUAACCAUUAUGUAUUUUUAAAAGCCCAUGUCUUGAGGAGAUUUUUAUGACUCAAAACCAGCAUCUUUAAAAGAUUUUGCUACAUAUUAUUGAAGUAAAUAGUGUUCUGUAGAAGUUGUUGUGUUUGUGUGUGUGUGUGUGUUGGAUUGUGAUGUAAAAUAAUUUCUCAUUGAGUCUCCCAAAAGUUCAUAAAACAGUGGCUUGGUGAUUAACCAUGCCUGCUUUGGGAAUUGGACUGCCUGGGUCCACCACUGUGAAUUUAGGUAGGUUCUUUAGCUUGUAGACAGACCUAUUUUAACCUAUAAAGUGGGCUUCUGAUUUACAUGUUCUGUAUGCCAAUGUGAUUAGUAGGUAAGGAAGUUUACAUGAAAUUUCAGGCAAAGUUUCUAGUGUGGAGGAUUAUAGUUGUUACUUCUUAAUUAAAAAAAACAUUUUUAUUUUUCUGGGUCUGGAGCUGCUAUUACUGGCUUAAAAUUAUGGUUGUAUUCUUCUACUUGGAUUCCAAUGAAUGGUUUUAUGGGAAAAAUGUAACCUGAAAUAUGGUGAAUUCAGCCCAUGUAGAACUUUCAGAAAGAGCAAGAAAUUUAGAUGAAAAUCUCUGCUGGGCUUUGAGAAAUCGUUGCAUUAUAGUACAAUGAAUUGAUGGAUCUUGAGGUCUCCUGACAAACUGAAUGAUGGCUCCUACUAACUUGUUAGCAUGGUGGUUCGGGGGGCAGAAUUUAAGCUCUCAAUCUCAAUUUCUUUAUCUAUAAAAUGGGAAAAAUAAUUAUACUGUAGUUAUAUCAGUUAAAUGAGCCAAAAGAGAGUUAAUAGUCUCAUUGUAUUUCUCCAUAACAGCUAGCCAAAUGGUGUUUAUAUACAAAGAUUCAAUACAUAUUUUAUUCAGUGAGCGAAUAAGUAUAAUUGUUUUGAGGGAAGUUUCUGCAGAUUAACCAUUAAAUGAAGUAAAUGCUUUCACUUAGGAAAACAAACAAAAAUAGGUAAACUUUUUUUACCUAAACAUUGUUACCUAUGUCUGUGCUGACAAAUGUCAUCUACAAGAAUCUAUGGUGGAUAUGAAAUUGUUUGAAGAAAUAUGAGAGAUUACUGGGGUUUAUUUCAUUCUGUAGAAAUUAGAUUUACAUUUAUUUCAUUCAUAAACUACAGUUGGUCCUUGAAGUCAUUUCUUCCUGGUAUGCAUUUUAUUUCAGUAUGUAAAUGACCUGCCUACUGUUCUCCUUACCUCACCAGCUAUGACCUCCUUGUGUGCUCUGGUACUAAGUUUUUGUGUGGCAAAAAUUACCUUCACCAGCACCCACUAACAGUUUUAUCUGAGACAGUGAAUGCUGGGUAAUGAUAACUAUAUCACAGUUUCCUCAUCUAGAUGUUAAUAGUUUUAUACUUAACCUGUUAUUUUGUUUCAGAUUACAAAAUACAAACAUUAGAGACAGGAUCAGGCACUUAUUUCUUUUUUAUCUCACCCUUUCCACAGAUAACAAGUCUGGAUAUCAUGCCAUUGUAUGGUUUUAUAAUUUUACUAUAUAUGUAAAAAAAAAUAGUUUUGUGGGCUUUUACAGUUUAUAUAAGAAACAUUGUUACCUUUCACAACUUGCUCUUUCCAUGCACCAUUAUGUUUUAUCAGUUUAGACAUGUAGCUACAUGUUAACAUGAUUCAUUUUAGCUGUUCUUUUAUGGGGGAAAAUAAUAGUUUAUCUUUUCCUUAAUGUUAAUAAGACUGUUAGAUUCUUUCCUGUUUUUUAAUAUUUGCAGACACUGUGCAGUGCUUCCUUAGGCCAGAAAUAAGUAAAGCAAUCAAGGUCAUUGCCAGAUGUCUUUUAAGCUCCAGCAUUUUAUGUAGCAUUUUCCUUCUUUUGUUGCCAAUAACCACCAUCCUGAAACCUUUAUGAUACUUGGCCAGUUCAGCCAUCCUGGUGGGUAUGUAAUGAUACUUGAUUGUGGCAUUAAUUUGAACCUCUUGCUUAAUUAGUGAUGUGAGACAUCUUUUGCUCUCAUUGACCGUCAGGUUUCAUUAUCUGUUCACUAUUUUUCUAUUUUUAAUUAUUUAUUCUUCACACGUUCUGCAUAUUAAUUCAUGUAUCCUAUUGCAAAUGCCAUCUACAUUUCUGUUUUUUUUUUCUUUUGUCAUACAGAUGGUUUGACUUCAAAUUAUUUUAAGGGCAGUAUUUUUAAUAGAGUGCUUUGAAAACUUCUCCCUAAUCCUAGUAAUUAUAAAGAUUUUUCAAAAUAUUUUUCUAAUCCUAAUUAUUUUUUUCCAAGUGUGCAAAGUUUUGAUUUCCACCUGUUUUUAAUCUGUUCUUAUGUGAGGUAUAGACGUAAAUAUUCUUCCUGUAUGGAUAGACUAGCACCAGGUUUUCAGCAUUUACCCUUUCCAUACUCACUUGUAACACUGUCUCAUUUAUAUAGAAAUGCUCCAAAUAUAAAUAAAUUUAUGGUCAUGGCUGAAUAAGUUUGGUAUCUUCUUGUUCAUACCUUGUUAUUAUAAUUUUAUAGCAUUUAUAAUAUAAUGUUAAUUUCUAAUUUUAAUACUGAUUUUUUUUAACGUUGCUUUUAUGUUGGUUGGAAUCACUGUAUAUUGUCAAAGCGGUGACAGCAGACCUCACAUGCAUUGCUUUUUCUUAUUUCUGAUUUUGAAAGGACUAAUUUUUAAAUUUUUUUCCAAUGUGAUACUUGGUAUUAGGUUUUUUCCUAUAAUUACCUUUAACUGGGUUACUUAAUUUCCUUUCUAUUUCUAGCUUAGAGAUAUCUAUAAAAAUUAUGAAUGACUUAAAACUUGUCAUAUACUCAUUCAUUAAUAUGAUUAAUAUUUUUUUUAUUUACUCAAAUAGAUUUUUCUAAUUUCUAACUAUUGUAUUCCUGUCACAAAUACUUAUUGUUUAUGAUGAAUUGUUUUAAAUACAUUUUUUUUUUCUGGCUAAAAUUUGAUAGUUUUUGUAUCUUUUGACAUAAAGGGGAUUUGACUGAAAUGCUUCUACAUUUUUAUUAUUGGGUUUUGAGUUUAAGCCAAGUUCUUUAGAAAUAAUCUCAAACUUAACGAAAAAUUGCAGACACAAAUUUGAGUUCAUCUAAUUGUUUGUUUCUGUCUUCAAACAGUUACUUUAGUGUUUGGCGUUCAUAAUCUUGGCAAUUGAAGUAUAUGGGCCUGUUUUGUUGUUUUGUAGAAAUCCCUCAGCUGGAAUUUGCUGUGUCUUUAUGAUCAAAUAUGAAUUAUAUAUUUUGGCAAAAAUAUCACAGAAGCAAUGGUAUGUUACCCUUUCUAUUGGAAGAUACAAAAUUUCAAGUUGUCCUUGUUAUUUUGUAAUUGUUCACUUUGGUUAAGGGGAUUUUUCUGCCAUGCUUCUCUACUGUGAAAUUUUAAUCUCCCCUUUUAUAAUAAAAAAGUAACCUGCAUGGA